ACAACAUGGCGAUAUCCGAGUGAUGGGCUGUUUUGUUCGCGUAGAUAGUGACUAGUUUUGAAGAAGUUUAGUGUACGAGAGCUGCCCGUCGGUUGUGAGUGCUGUGUUUGGCCGCGUUUUCUUCCAGUGUGGGAAGAAAGUACAGCGCAUGGGUUAGGGGCUUGAUUACAAGCGCCAUCUUGUACUGCUUCGACGUCGAGAUAGCCUACACGAUGACGGACGUUCGAGUUUCGUUACGCAAGAUCGAGUUUCCAAAAGUUGUCGUCGAUGCGCUGAACCAGAUUCAAAAGCUGCUGGCCAACGAGGGCCGCAGUCCGGCGUACGCUCACGUAGCCAAGGAGAUCGCGGAGGAGUUUGUCUUCCAGGACUACGAGCAACGACGAAUGACGCCGCAGGCUUCGUCUCAGCGGCGGCCGCGCGCGCGCAAGCUGUCCGCCAUCCGCGAGCUACAGAUCAUCGAGAUAAUCGCGAGCACCUUCCAUAGCGCCAAGUCGGACAUGUGCCAGAAGGUGUUCUUCAUCCUGUUCCCGUCGGCAGACGCGAGCGUGAUGGAGUCACGCGUUCCCCUCCUCUCCCGCCUCGUCUCUCUCUCCAUCGCUCUCAAGAACCACAACGUGUUGAACUGCGUCGGCUUCUGGAUGCACGUGUGCGGCUGCACCUCGGAGCCGUCGCUGCACAUAGUGCGCCACGUGGUGGGCGACUACCUAAGCCUAAUCCCUAGUUCGGCCGAGAUGCUCAAGGAUCUGGCAACCAUCUCUCCACUGUUCUGCGCCAGCCUCGCCACCUCGCUGACUCACAUGACUCCCACCAACCCUUCCCGCGAAGUGGUGGACCUCCUCGCCUCCUGGGUGCGCGCCCAGCCUCUACUCUGCUUCACACCCAUGGAGGCCAUUCCACCGCACCUGUACACCCAGUGUUUGCAGACUUUCAUCCCCGGUCUAGUCGCUUGGUGCGUCUUGGCGCCUCUGGGCAAGGCGGACUCCCGUCCCGAAGACGCCGAACUUUAUUCCUACCUCCACUACGCGUUGCUCGAGAUGCUCAUCCGCGCGGGUCAGGUGACUCCGCGUGCCCCCAUAGUGUUUCCCUUCCUGCCCAGUCACUACGUCGUGCAAGUGGCCGAGACCCUGAAGCGAGGCCUAGCCACGGCCUCGCCUCACGGGGCCCAACUGGCCCUGAACAGGCUCGGUCAAGUGUUGCAGGCCGCGUUCGCAUCCAAGUGCGUCCACGGAAAUCUGGACGCCAUGUUUCAGACGCUGCGACAGCUGCCACCGAACAGGCUUCUCAAGAUUGUGCUCGCUCGCUGGGACGUUAAAAAGUACUGAACAGUCCUCACUUAAAGUUGGGCUAGCUGUUAUGGUUCCAUAGGUAGAGGACAGCACCACAAGACGAGCACUGUUCAUGGACUCGCCCACAAGGGGCACCCGUCUUGUCGCUUUCCCUCCCUGUGUUUGAUGUCACGUUGUCCUUUACCUAUCGUUUUCAAUUUUUUCGAUCUGGGCGGGGUGUGACUUAAGCGUGAGAAGGUACUUCUUGCGGAAAAAUAAUGAUCUCUUCCCAUUUUUCCUAUGGCUGUCCUGUGCUCUGUUCGUUGGGAAAUACUGUUUGUCAUAUCGUGUGAUGCCGGUGCACUACUCUAUAAAUACGCUUCGUCCAUUCUCCAGUCGCACAGUGUCACUCUUCUCGUUCAGGACUUUGCGUGAUCAAGAUCAUAUUUCUCCAUUAAAAUUUUUUUUUUCUUGUGCAGUUGGUGUACUGAAGCCAGUCACAAUCAAGAAAUUUCAUCCCUAUACAUAGCUUGCAUUGACGUCACUGUGACCGCCAUCUUUGUGACCAAACAGGUUGAGAUGCAGGGUGAACUCUUGCUCGAAGGCACGGAGCAAGAAACAGAUUAGUUCCGAUGCCCCCUCCAAUCCUUUGUGUUUCCCCCUCGGCGCGGCUGGCGAACAGAAGAAAGCGGGGAAAGCACAAAAGAAUGCGCUGAAAUGACACUGUAAUGAGAUAAAAAAGUCACGUGGCCGCCAUGUUUGUGAACAAGCGCAGAGAACCUGUCUGUGACGUCACGUGCAAGCCAUGUAUAGGAAAGUUCCGGUGUGACUGGAUUAGAACUGUGAAAGUUGCCUGGGCCAACCUGCUUUCAAGCACAGAUUUGAUUUGUGUUAGUUGUUGCCAUUUUAAGUCAGCAAAACACUCCUUUGUCCUGUGACCUUGGUUGGCAUUAAAAUAAAAAGAGGCGCACGUGGUUCAGACUAACCGUAGUGCCUUUGCACUGUGGUACUGCUGCCGCUGUUGGGACGCAGGGGCUGAUUUAGACAGAUGGCUGUAGGAACAUGGUUUUCUACAGCACUGCUGAGAAGUAUUGAAAUACUGAUCGAAUUGGUAUUCUGUAAUUAAUCUGGAAAAUGCAGGAAACAAGGACUAGAAUGAAGGACUUACGAUACAAUAGUGCCUUGGGGUAAGUCUGUCACCUGUGGCAAUGAGAGCUUCUUAAAGGGACACUGAAGUCAAACAAUGAACUGAUUUAGAUUGAUAGAUUGUGUUCUGAGAACUCUAAUGUUAAUUUCACCAUCACAGGUUUAUUCAUAGAGGAGAAAGUCAAGGUCAAGGUUUCAUUAUUAAAUUUCGCACUGAAAUCUCUGCACAUGACGUCAUGGAUUUCAAAGUGUAUUAUUCUUAUUUUGGUGACACUGGCUCAACGAAAUUUCCUGAAACUUAGUAUGGUCUAUGGCCCCUGUGGAGGACAUUGUACUUCAUUUUUACUGAUUAUAAACUACUAAGGGCCUAGUACACGGCGUCAAAAUCUAUGAUGACAACGCGUUAGAUGUGGGAAUUUCAAGAUGAAGUCGCCACCUGCGUUUUCUUUUUGCGCAUUUUCUCACUUACCAAAUGUCUUUUCACAGCAGGCGUGGUGAUUUCAGAAUUGUGAAACAGAAAUUUACUAAUGUGAGAAACAUCGUUUUUCUCUUUAGUGUCCCUUUAACAAUUGCUGUACCAUCACGGGAGUACCAGUAGGUACAUGUAUUCGCGAGGCUUGUGUUGGCUGGUGUUCAGCAAGGCUUGGCUUAAAAUGUGAAUACAAUUGCACAAACGGAGCUUUCUCCAAAUAGACCCUCCAUUAACAUUUUUCAUUCUUCUGUAUUGCCCAUUUCACCAAUGUUUACAACAAGCCUUGCUCUUCUGUAGUGCAUGCUAUAUCGGUGAAAAGGAACAGAUGACGGGCUCUUAAAGGAUCUGAAGAAGUUGUCGGCCGUCCUCUAACUUAGUGGGCUGCCAAUAAAUAUGCUUUUUGUAUAAUUUUGCAUGGCUGCCUCAUAAUGAAAUGAAACCUCUUCUUGUCUGGUAACAAAGAAAAA